CUCCAAUGACAAGGCGCCCCUGGGGAACCCCCGUCCAAUAGAGAGGGAGCCGGGGGCCGUCCUGAGGCGCGAGCGCCGCCGCCUUUGGCCGCCGCCGCCGCCGCUCAAACCGGGGAGGCGGGACGAGGCGGCGGAGUGAGAGGCAACGCGAGGCGGAUCGGGCCGGGAGGCCGGUUUGUUGUCAUCCUUAAAGAUGGAGUUUCUGCUGGGGAACCCCUUCGCCACCCCGGUGGGGCAGAGCCUGGAAAAAGCCACGGAUGGCUCCCUACAGAGCGAAGACUGGACGCUGAACAUGGAGAUAUGCGACAUCAUCAAUGAGACAGAAGAAGGCCCGAAGGAUGCCGUUAGAGCGCUCAAGAAGAGGCUGAACGGAAACAAAAACUACAGAGAGGUGAUGCUCGCCCUAACGGUUCUGGAAACGUGUGUAAAGAACUGCGGCCAUCGCUUCCAUAUCCUCGUAGCAAACCGAGAUUUCAUAGACGGUGUCCUGGUGAAAAUAAUUUCACCCAAGAACAAUCCUCCCACCAUCGUUCAAGAUAAAGUCCUUGCCCUGAUUCAGGCUUGGGCUGAUGCCUUUCGAAGCAGCCCUGACCUCACAGGAGUGGUGCACAUUUACGAAGAGCUGAAGAGGAAAGGCAUAGAGUUUCCAGUGGCAGAUUUGGAUGCCCUGUCUCCAAUACACACCCCACAGAGAAGCGUCCCUGAAAUCGACCCAGCUGCCAACAUGCACAAGUCCCAGUCUCAGCAGAAGAUGAGCUCCAGCACCUCCCCCACGUCCUUCCCGGCUCCCCAGACCCCCCCUCUGAACGUGACCGGCCCCAUCAUAGCAAAUACGGAACAGAUUGCACGAUUACGCAGCGAGUUGGACAUUGUUCGUGGCAACACCAAAGUGAUGUCGGAGAUGCUGACGGAAAUGGUCCCCGGGCAAGAGGAUUCCUCAGACCUGGAGUUACUGCAGGAGCUGAACCGCACCUGCCGAGCGAUGCAGCAACGGAUCGUGGAGCUGAUCUCCAGGGUGUCCAACGAAGAAGUCACCGAGGAGCUGCUUCAUGCCAACGAUGACUUGAAUAACGUCUUCCUCCGAUACGAGAGGUUUGAACGAUACAGGCUGGGCCGAUCAGCACAGAAUUCAAGCAACGGAGUUCUCAGCGAAGUGACCGAGGACAACUUAAUAGACCUGGGCCCUGGGUCCCCAGCAGUGGUCAGCCCCAUGGUGGGAAACACAGCCCCCGCCGCCACCCUCUCCUCUCAGCUUGCUGGGCUCGAUUUGGGCACAAACAACGUGAGUGGGGCUCUCAGCUCGCUCCCCCACAGCAACCCCCGGGAUGACUUUGACGUGUUCGCACAAACGAGAGGCGUCUCCGGGACAGAUCAGCGCAAAACCAGGGCAAGGGAGGAUCCACCAACGGGAUCCACUAAAGGGAUGGCACCUGCCCCGGAUAUCCGGAAACCAAAUUCAGGAGGGCGGAGAGGUAAAGGUGGGAGUUGCCCCAUGGAGCCCAUAGACAGGUGGCUCAUUUCCCAAGGAAUGAUUCCUGUCCCACAAUCCUCUGUCAUGGAGGACAUUGAGGAGUGGCUGAGUACCGACGUGAAAGGAGAUGAGCUGGAAGAAGGCGUGACCAGCGAAGAAUUCGACCGCUUCCUGGAGGAGCGGGCCAAAGCCGCGGAAAGGAUCCCCAACCUGCCCUCCCCUCCUCAGGAGGAGCCCACACCGCCGCCCGCCAACGCACCGCCCAGCAAAAGGAAGACGGAGCGGUCCGAGGACGCCCUCUUCGCUCUGUAGCGGCCCUUUCCAUCCCCCCCCCUGCACGGAAGGAGGAGGCCGGGAGCAACCUGGCUAGCCAUGGGCCCCUUCCCGUCCCCGGUGGCCCCCCAACAGGUUGCCCUUUUCCCUCCUCCUCCUCCUCCGGGGCUCGGCCCCAAUUCCUUAACCUGGGGAGGGUCUUGACAGCCGUUCUACCCCUCGGCUAGGGGUGGUUUCUCCCUUCCCUCCCUCUCACCCCUCUGAUGAUGCUGAGAGUCCUCCCCCCCGUCCCGUUUUUUCUUAAGUCAGAGAUCUGCAUGACUACUUGGCACAGGUUCCGUCCCCACUCCCUUCCCAGUCCUGUCCCCCCCCCUCCCCGCCCCCUCCCCUUGCUUAGGCACAAUAACCAUGCCUUCAGUCCUGGCCUCAGCUCUAGUUAGGAGGCUCCAGAGCCCGGCCUGCGGUCCCUUCUGCUCCGGCCUCCUGCAGAAAUCAAAGCAGGCCUUCCAUCAGCAUCAGCAUCAGCGCCACUGCUAUCUUCUCCUCUCGUUAGCUCUGCUUGGGAGGUGUUGGGGGGGGGGGGGUGUUGCUACAUCAAAGCUACAACGGGAAGGAGGGUCACUUUGGUUAGCCAGGAUACCUUCAGGGGUCCUGCGGCUGACGAAGGAGCCUCUCUCUCUCUCUGCAGGCCCCGGCUGCACGUGUUUUUUUCCCUCCCCUUGACCCCCCCCUCCCUUCCCUCUCUUAAGUAGGUCAGAAAUUCCGUCCCACCUGUGCGGGGGGGGGGGCAGGCCAGUGUGCCCCUCCUUCCCUCCCUCCCUCUUUACAAGAACGGUAUUGAUAAGGGAAAAGUCACAGAAAGGGACAAGAUUGCACUUUGCACUGGAAAUGUUAACCCCGCGCGGCAGUUGUGUCUGGAGGUGUGAAACACUCUGUGUGUGUGUGUGUGUGUAUGUGUGUGUGUGUGUGUUACAACCUUAUUUGCGUUUUAAAGCACUAAAUGGACUAUAUUAUUAGCGGGACUCUCUUCUAAACACUAACAAAAGGGUGGAAAGGCGGGGGGGGGGAUGCAGCCCUGCUGGAAUGAGAGGGGACUUCUGCCCCCCCCUCUAACUCCAGCAUUUCAGCACUGCCUGGUAGAAAGGGGGGGGGCUUCACCGUUAACUCUCCCCUCACCCUGCUGCAUCUUACUUUCUCCUGCCGUCUCUCUCUGUAGUCUUUUGUUGAAUGCUGCCAUAUGUCAAACCCGAAAAGAGACCCAAUUCCUUCUAGGAAAAACUCAUCCCACUCCAGGGAGAGAUUGUAGCCUUCUCCCCCCCCCCCCCCCCCGCCUUCUUGGGCUUUAUUUUAAGAAAGGGGGAAAUGUGUCAAGAGGGCCCAUUCCCACAGGGCAGGCUCCAACCGAAAAGUUAAGACUUUUCUAACUCUGCAAAACGAACUGGGUGCUAAUGGAAUUAAGUUGCAUUUAAAUGCGUUGGCUCGAAGCGAAAGGAGCAUCCUGGCCUCCUUUCACCCAUCCAAGUUGGGCACCGUAGGCCGCGGCUGUGCCUUUGCUCCAGGAGAGGAAGAAGCGAACCCUUCCAUGCUCCUGGGCAGGGAACCCGCUUGAAUUGCCACCUGGCUGCCCUGACUGCCAGCCCGGGACAAGAGGCGGCGUUUUCUUGCCUGUGACACAACCUUUGUCCCAAGAUUUCCCCACUGCCAACCGUCGCUUGGCACCGAACCUUUGAGUCCUCGGUCAGCACUCUGGGUGUUUCUGGGUGAUCCUGAUCAACCCAUCAGGGGCCUGCAGGAAAAGCUGCUGGAUCCUCCCUUGGUCAGUUAAUCUGCAGCCCUUAAGAGAGGCUCCAGUUCCUUGGCCUGCGACCUCCUCCUGGCUCCCAACCGAGAACCGACCCCAAGAAACCAGCUUCUCCCCAAAUCUUCGCUCUCCUCCAGAGCACGGGGUUUCCCCCUGGUUUGUCCUGUUUCUCCCCCCACUGACUCCCCCACUGCUAACAGUUCAGAAUCUCUUUCCCUGAAACCCUUUUCGUAGCCUCGCCAUCUGUAUAUUUAAAGCUACUUUUUCCUCUAGUUCUGAUUUUAAAAACGGAUAAUAUUUAUUGACAAACCAUACUCAAGCGUUUUCUUUUAUUCGAGGGGGGGGACCGUCGACUGGCAGACGAAUGGAAUUCAUUGCUUGAAAGGGAAACGUAAAAAGGUUUAACGGGGUGUAAAAACGAUAACUAGCGAUAGUUUUAACAACACUGAAACCCCUUUAAAACUAUCCUGGCUUCUCUCUUUCUCCUCCUAGUGACAAUAUACCCGAGAGAGAGAGAGAGAGAGCAAAAACACCUGGAAUCUGUUUUUGGUUCUUUUUGCAUAAGGCUGUAUUAACCGAUGUCACUUAACCCUCCUUUCGGAUGUCUCUGUGUCUCUGUACAUAUUUAUAUAUAUAUUGUUUCUGCAUGUCAAAACCGUUCCCAAUAAACAGAAAAUAGUGCAAUCUUAAGAGAG